GUGUGGAUCUAAGGAUAUAUAGACCUAGUAUUCUCUGUCACAUCAGAACUUAGACGGUUUAUGGAGGCAUAACCGCACACACGACACCUAAGGUUACGAUUGGUUCCAUCAAAUAACUUGUGUCGAUUCUGUUGAGCACACUCAUUGACGGGACAUUUCCAAAACGUAUUUUCGUGAUUUUACAAAGAUGCGUACAUAUUUUUUAGCAGUCGUAUUUUUGCCGGGUGUGGUUUUCUCGUUGAAUAAAUUCAUCUGUGAGCAUUCGACGGAUUCUAUCUCCUGUAAGAGUGGGUAUGCGUUAAAAAUUCGGAGUGUGAACUUUGGUCGGACAUCAAAGAUUGUGUGCAGUAAUGAUCCUACGACAAAUUGUUACUCUUCUGGCCGAACCACUGGUUACCUAGCAACCAAAUGUAACGGACUUAAUGCGUGUCAGCUGACCGCAGACAGCAAUGUGAUUGGUGAAAAUCCGUGUCCAGGAGUUUCUAAAUACCUUGAUCUGCAAUAUGACUGUGAUCCCAUUCCGACCACGUCCACCACUACCACCACUACCACCACCACAGCUGCCCCGGUAACACAACAGACGGUGACGCAACAAGGAGCUCCUCAGGUGUGUCAUGAAUAUUUGGUGUCCGGAAAUCGAGGUGUCCCCGACAACAAACUGACUGCUUCCUCCACGUGGUCAAACAAAACAAACGAUGACCACAAACCUCACCGGUCUCGGCUGUUCACCACCGCCGUGGAUUACGCCAACGGGACGUACCUAAGGGGAGCAUGGAGUGCCGGGGUGAACGACAAGAACCAAUACAUACAGGCCGAAUUGACGAAGGUGUCGACCAUUCGGGGAAUGGUUACACAGGGACGAAAUGUUAACCCUAAGGACAACUGUUGUAGUCAGAAAGUCACCAGCUACAAAGUCGGCUACAGUAUUGACGGCACCACUUGGCAGAUGGUGAAAAACGGACCUAAUGAUAUGAUUUUCCCAGGAAACACCGAUCAGGAUACUCCGGUCACAAACAUGCUGCCCUGUCCAAUAAUCGCCAAGUAUAUUCGCCUGUAUCCGGUCACAUGGGAUAGUCACGUGUCUCUGAGAUGGGACGCUAUUGGCUGCCCCACUGAUGCUAGUCCUUACGGUCAGUGUCCGGCUGGGUGGUUGGAGAGACCCAACAGUAACGAGUGUUAUCUCAUCACUACAAACCAGUCCAAGGGAUUCGACGACGCCAGACAAGCCUGUAGAUUGGCUCAGGGCGACCUCGUCCAGAUCGACACGGUCCAGGAGAGAAACUGGCUGAUUCAGCAGUUGAAUAUCGUUAAAAACACGCAAUUCCCGAACUCGCCCCUAUUUCAAGUGUGGGUUGGCCUUAGCAACAGACCGCGUAGGGACACCAUUGACUACAAGUGGAUAGACGGGACCCCUCAUAAUACCAAUAUUGUUCCCUGGCUACCCAAGAUGCCGGAUAAUUACAUGACGAUAGAACACUGUGGAGAGUUAGUGAAUUCCGGACUCAACGACAUCAACUGUAACAACCCCAUCAAUUACAUAUGUGAAAAGAAGAAGUACUGGAAUGCACCCGUUAACAAUUUCACCCCAGCUGUUGUAAUACCGACAACGCCCUCAACAGUGGCUCCGACAACAAUACACUCUAACAUUCCAGUCCCUAUAGGCGGAAGUGUACAGACGAUUGGGCAGAGUACCUUCACAAGGGGAUGUCACAAAGCCUCCGACUGUCGUAAUCUACAGCUUGGAGACUAUCAGUCCUGCAACGGAUGCCAUUAUUAUCUAACAUGCGCACCAAGCGGUGAUUUUGUAAGGCCCUGUCCUGCAAACCUCAUCUUCGAUUUCAACAGUAAAGCUUGUGUAGCGCGUUCUGGCACGUGCAGAGGACCAUGAAACUCGUUCAAGCAUUCAGAUUCUAUUACAAUAACUUUCAGAUUAAAUUAAAAUACUAUAUAAAAAAGUACAAAUAAACUCAUAUACCUGGAGAGUACUAUCUAUAGAAAAUCCACAUCAAGAUACAAUGAUUAAGUAUCGCUGUCCAAUAGAGCAUUAAGAGCUGAAGGUCAAAAAGACGGUUUUGUCAACAAAGAAUUUAAUUAAAGUUCUAUAAAAAAUAGAAUUUCAAAAUAUAUUACAUGCAUAUAUACUAUCUCAUAAAAUACUUAUUUAUUCGUGUAUAUACUGUUUAGUCUUCAUGUUCAUCAUUGUGUUUUCUUUUAUCAAUGUACAACGCGGAUAAUAAAUCUUCUCAUUGGAUGUAACCAA